GGGAUCAUCUCAAAGAGAGACUGAAAAUGGCGGAAGAAGAGGAGGUCGCCAUGGAAGUGGAGGCUGUGCAAGCGGUGUACGGAGAGGAUUGCAUCGUACUAAAUUCGUACCCUCCUCAUCUUCAACUCCACAUCAAGCCCCGCACCGCCGACAUCUCUUCCCAACAGUUUGUGGAAGCGAUUAUGGGAAUACAAGCAGAUCUUAAGUAUCCGGAGGAUCCGCCUUUGAUCAGCCUCUUAGAUUCGAAGGGUCUUGAUGACCGAAGGCAAAAGCAUCUGAUGAGCACUGUGCGAGAAAAAGCUCAUGAAUUCUCAUCUUCUCUAAUGCUAGUAGCACUUUGUGAGGAAGCAGUUGAGAGGCUCACCGUUAUGAAUCACCCGGAUGGGGAUUGCCCGUUGUGUUUAUACCCGCUAGUACCAGAGGAUGGUCAGAGUACACACUUGCCAUUUAUGAAGCUGAUGUCUUGUUUUCACUGCUUUCACUGUGAAUGCAUCAUUAGAUGGUGGAAUUGGCUUCUCACACAGAAAGAAGCUGAUUCAAAUGACUCAUCUAGUGACGCCUUACAUCCGCCUAGGGAGAUGCAUGAUCAACACGGCAAUCCUGGAUUACCGGACAAAAACUUGGGAAACUGUCCAGUGUGUCGUAAGGUUUUUGAUGCAAGUGAUCUAGAACACGUUCUUGGCUUGAUCAGUGCUAAAUCGUCUCAGCAGGGUUCGGAUGCGACGGUAGGCGAAGAGAACAGCCUGCUGCUUCAGUCAGAUUCAGAGAACAUAAGAAGAGAGCGGUUUGAGGCCAUACUGAAGUUGCAGGAAGAGAGAGGAGGUCUCGUCCAAACUAAGAAAAGCAUAUCGGUCGUGCCCGGAAUGUAUCUUCCUCCGACUACGUCGCCGAAAUCAUCAACCCGAGAAGCUUCUGAAAAUGAAGAGACAGAGACAAAAGCCGCUGUAGGGACAGACUCAAGCAGCUGUUCCAACAGAACAGGAAGCAGCCGAAACCGUAACUUCAACAGAAAGAAGCAGAGUGCCCAAAAACCAGUAAGAUCAACGAGGCAAUGGGUUCAGAAGAGGUGAUGGCUCAUUCAAAAAGCAAAGCGCGUGGUUAGAAACUGAUCCAAUUUCCUUGAUGGUCUCCCUCCGAAAUGAUUUGAGAGAUUUGCCGAAACAGUUUGGGCCGUUAAUGGGCCUGUAAUGUGUAUGUAUUCCUUCAGGGGUAAGAUUGACAUUUUCAAAAGUCAAAAUCAUAUCUGACACAAAUGAAAGUCAAAGUCAUAUAAGACAAAAAUAUGUAA